AUCUGAAGUAGGCUCCCCGCCCAGCAUGAAACCGGACAUUGGGCUUGAUCUCACGAGGAGAUCAUGACCUGAGCUGAAACCAAGAGUCCAACACUCAACUGACUGAGACACCCAGGUGCCCCAGAGCCUUUCCCAUCAGGAUCAGGCUGACCUUGCCAGAGUCUGGGAUCCCGUAUCAAGGAGAACACGACAUUCACCAGAUAGCCUACAUUGCCGGUCAGAAGGGAAUUCACCAGAACCAUCCAGAAUGGAAAGUGUCCCAGGAGACUACAGCAAACGAGUGUAUCAAGGCGUGCGAGUGAAGCACACAGUCAAAGAUCUACUGGCAGAAAAACGAUCCAGGCAGACAAGUAACUCAAGAUUUAACAGCAGUGUCAGCAACUCCCAGUCUCCAUUUGCUCAGAUGCCAGGCUCACCGGUGACGUCAGGUUACUACGGUGUCCGGAGAUCUUUCCUCUCGGACUCGGACUUCCACAGCCCUAAACAGCUCGCAAACGACGUGUGCACCUCCAGCUCCGCGGCCAAGCCCUUCGCCUGCGAGUCCCCCGCGGCGCCCGGCCCCGCGGGGCUCCUGGACGCCUACUUCCCCGAGCCCUACGCGGACCCCCGGCCCCCAGGCCUGCCCCCCAGCGCCGGCUCUCUGCUCGGCGCCUCGGCCCUGCCUCCGCUCCUGCCGCCGCCCUUCCCGGGGGACCCCUCGCACUUGGUGCUGAGGGACUCAUGGGAGCAAACAGUGCCUGAUGGUCUCAGCCAGACAGACCUCGUGCCCGCCGACACCCUGCAGACCCUGCCACCCAGCACAGGUUGCCUCUCCCAGAUGGAGUCAGGGAGCACCACCCAGCACAGGAGCUCAAGCUGGGGGUCCCCCCUAGCUGGGGCUCAGUCCUACUCACUGCACAUGCUGGAGGAUCUGUACCAUGUGCCAGGGUACCCGACACCACCCCCCUAUCCCUUCACCCCUUUCAUGACGAUGUCCAACGAGCUACCACACAAGGCCGUGCCCCUGUCCCCAGAAGAGGGCACAGACACCUCCAGCCUUCAGGACCCUUCUUCAUGGACCAAAGAAGAUGGGAGCUUGGUGUGGGGGUCAUACGAAUGCCGCAGAGCUUACUGAGGGGUGCACCAAAGGACUUCUCCUGUGCUUUUCUUGGAGCUGAGUUUUGUAUUUGACAGAUUGUUUUCAGUGCGUUUCCAGCUCAUUCAGAACUGGAUUUUCAGAAUAGGCCAUCAUGCCACCCUUUGUUAACGGACCAUGGCAUUUAUUUGUAAUCCUCCCUCCCAUCGCUCCACUGAAACACAACAUAAUGUUAAUUCAGGAUAUCAGGGACUAUAUUCUAGUGAGACACCUGAUAGUCAUGUGUUUUUGGAACUUUAGUAACCCAUCACAUUCUGAAUUUCUGUUAUCUUUGAAAUGUCAUUUUUAACGCUCAUAUUUUUUCUUAAAUUACAUUAAAAAAUUUGUGCAGAUCAUGAAA